AUGCGUCCGUCAGGCGGCCAAAGCAGCGCGGAGUGGGGUGCGCACCCCCACACUGCUCACCCGCACGGUCGCCGGUGCGCAGGACGUAGGGUCGCACGACCACGCUGCUGCUGCUGGCGCGAGCCACCACCGGAGCCACUCCUCUGCAAAGACCCGCGACCAGCUCCACCGCCACCCCCCACCGCCUCCACCGCCUCCGCUGCCUCCACUGCCGCCGCCGCCUCCACCGCCUCCUCCACCGCCGCCUCCUCCGCCACCUCCGCUACCACCGCCACCGCCGCCGCGGCCUCCGCCUCCACUGCCGCCACCGAACCCCCCACCCCCACCUCCACCUCCACCGCUACCCCCACUCCCCCCACUGCCUCCACCUCCACCUCCACCGCCCGCUCCUCCAGCUCCCUUGCCCCCCUUGCCCUUGCCAGGGCGGCGUCUCCCGCUAGGGGCAGACACCGCACCGACCGACUCAAGACCAAGGAGGUCGGCCGAAGCAGCAGAGGCAACAGAGGGCAGCAGGGGGGAGGGAGAACACCCCUCAAAGAUGGGGGUGCGCGGGUCACCUCGAGAGGCUCCUACAGCGACUAUGCUCUUUUCUAUCGCGAGGAGGGCCUUCUCGAGGAGGUCUACAGUGAGUGUGGUGGGACAGACUGA